AUGGAUCAUCUGUUAUUCUCCUGUCAGUUUUCAAGAGAUGUUUUUCAAGCAAGUCCUCUGCAGAUUAAUAUUUCAGUAGGAGUUACACAAAUGGAGAUCAUUCAACAUUGGUUAGAACAGUCUGAUCAAGGAAUUAUGCUAAAUUUGGGAGCAUGCAUUCUGUGGAACAUAUGGAAGUCUAGAAACGACAAGGUGUUCAACAACGUGCAACAAUCUGUACCCAUCUGCAUUCAAAAAGCCCUUCAAGACUUUAAAAGCUUCGAUUUACAUCAUGCCCUAAAUUACUGCUCUUCAGUUCAAGUGCAAAGACAAAAUACAUCUCGGUGGCAAGCUCCUCCUCGUUUCCACUUUAAAAUAGGCGGGCCUGCAGCUUUUGUAGAUGGAAGAGGCGCGGCUGCAGCUGUAUCACUAGACUCAGCAGGUAGACAUUUGGGUAGUGCGGCUUUCUGUUUCAACUCAUUCUCCUCAAUGGUGGCAGAAGCAAAAGCGUACGGUCUUGGGGUCCAGCUAGCUACAAGAAUUCAAGGCUCCAGAAUCAUUGUAGAAGGAGAUGCUGAAGAAAUCCCUAAAGCAAUAUCAGGGAAUACAAAUGAUAUCUCGUGGAGUAUUCAUUCCACUUUUCUUUCCAUUCGUGAUCGCGUCAAGAAUUUUAGUGAUAUUAGUUUCACUGCGGUUCCUAGAGACGCAAACUCAAUUGCAUAUGAUUUAGUUCAAUUUGCAAUCUCAAACUUUCAAAACAGUUGGUGGUCUUUUGAUGAUCCACCUCAUUGUAUCAUGCAACGUCUCAAUUCUUUUGAGGAUUAA